AUGGACUCCCUUGUGGCAGCAAAUGCCAAGUUUUGCUUUGACUUUUUCCAAGAGAUAAGCAAAGAUAAUCCUCGGAAAAACAUCUUUUACUGUCCUCUGAGCCUCUCGGCUGCCCUGGGCAUGAUCCACCUGGGUGCUAGAAACAACACUGCCCAACAGAUCUGCGAGGUACUGCACUUCAAUGAAUUUUCGAAGAAUGAAAGCAAAGAAUCAGAUGCCUGUUUGAAAAGCAACAAAUCAGAGGUGGUGGCUGACAGCCCUGUGGAAGGGCAGGAGAAGACGAAGGGGCUUCUGAAUCUACAGGCUGAAUCUUCCAACGAUGAGAGUGAAGUACUCAGCUGCUGUUUCGGGAAGCUUCUCUCCAAGCUGGACCGAAUCCGAGAUGAUUACACCUUGAGUAUUGCCAACAGACUCUAUGAAGAGCAGGAAUUUCCAAUCUGCAAGGAAUACUUGGACAAUGUGAUUCAAUUCUACCACACGACUGUCGAGAGCAUUGACUUUCGGAAGGACACAGAAAAGUCCAGACAAGAGAUUAAUUUCUGGGUUGAGUCUCAAUCCCAAGGUAAGAUCAAGGAACUCUUCAGCAAGGACACUCUAGACAGUGCCACGGUGCUGGUGCUAGUGAAUGCUGUGUACUUCAAAGCCAAAUGGGAGAGAUAUUUUGACACCAAAAACACAGUUGAUGCAACUUUCUGUCUCAAUGAGAAGGAAAAGAAGAAAGUGAAGAUGAUGCAUCAAAGGGGCCUGUUUAGAAUCGGCUUCAUAGAGGAGGUGCAGGCUCAGGUCCUCGAGAUGAGGUACACCAAGGGCAAGCUCAGCAUGUUCGUCCUGCUACCGCACGCAUCUUCAGACAACCUGGAGGGCCUGGACCAGCUUGAAAGUGAACUGACCUAUGAAAAACUAAUGGCCUGGAUUAGCUCAGAAAAUCUGUCAGAAGAAAUGGUUGCUGUCUCCUUCCCCCAGUUCACCCUGGAAGACAGCUAUGAUCUAAACUCUAUCCUUCAAGACAUGGGCAUUGUGGAUAUCUUUGAUGAAACCAAGGCUGAUCUCACAGGCAUCUCUUCCAACCCUAAUUUGUACCUAUCAAAGAUUGUCCACAAGACCUUCCUGGAAGUGGAUGAAGAUGGCACCCAGGCAGCUGCAGCCAGUGGAGCUGUCGGCACAACAAGGUCAAUGCCGUCUGAAUUGACAUUUAUGGCCAACCAUCCUUUUAUCUUUAUUAUCAUACACAACAAAACCAAAAGCAUUCUGUUCUGUGGGAGGGUCUGCUAUCCUUGA